CUAUACUUGUAUCUGUGCGAUCUGCGAAUUGAUUGGUUGAUAACGGGUUCGUGCUCUUACAUGCUUUGUGUGUACAAUUGAAAACUAAUGGAAAUGGUUCAUUGGCUGUAAUGGCACAUUGUCAAAAUGCAGUACUGAUAACAGGAUUAUACUGACUGGGUGAAUGAAAUACUGUUAGGUCAUCGUCUACCUCUUAUAACUGACCUGCGCACCAGUAUAGGCGACGGCUACAUUCUACCUACUUUACUGGAAAUAAUAGGUGGAGUUUCCUUGAGUUGUGUGAAGAUUAAUCCACAGACCAAGGAGGAGAGAGUUCGCAACAUUCUCCACUGCCUCAAGUUCCUCUGUAGGCGGGGUGUUGAUAUCUCUGGUCUGGAACCUGCUGAAAUUGAAGGUGGUCAUCUGAAAAUUAUCUUGCAUUUGGUGGGAAAUAUAAGAAACCAUUUUAAGGAUACCUACAGACCAGAGAUCAAUGGCUCUGCCAAUCAUGUAGUAGGCACCCCUGCAGUAGGCAGCCAAUCAAUAGGCAGCCCCUUGGAGCACAGUAACUGGUCUUGUGACAUGCCCGGGGCCAUCAGACUUCCAGGGGCUGUGCCAACCCCCUUCCUACAGCAGAAAAGGGAAACCCCUAACAGACAUGGACCACCUGACUUGCCUGGCUUGAUGACUGGUGAGAGUGAUCAGGAAACAAAAAUCAACAAGCCGCACUCAAAUAUAAUUUCUACAACUGAGAUUGGGGUAAAUGGAGUUGCUCAGCACGGUGUGGACGAGAGACGCAACCACUUCGGUAUGAACAACAACAACAACACUGGUAGUGUGAAUGGUGGGUUCGGUGCGAAAAAAAGUGUGGUCAUACGGCACCCUAAUGCUCGACCCCUGACAGACACAGGGACUGAGGGUCAUGGUGCCCCGCCCAACUCCACCCAGAGGGCCUGGACAGACAGCCCCAGUCGUUUGCAGUCUAGUCAGGGUAACAACGGUGUGUCCAGCACGAGUCCCUCGGUGGAAGAUCGGCUGCGUCAGUUGAUCAGCAGCAAGCAGUCACUGGCCUCUACGGGGUCCUCUAAUGGGCCUGUGGGGCGACUAAACAACCAGGGUUACUAUGGUUACUCACCUGGUGGAGGGUAUUUUCAUGGCGGGGGAAGCGAAGUGUUCGAAGAUGAAGGGGAAGUGCUUGUUGUCCCCCCUCCCGCUGCUCGACAUUCGACAGAUUUCGAAAUGUUCAUGUAUACAGAUUCUUAUGGACCAGGAUAUAGGCAUUUGUCAAAUGAAAAUCCUACUCAGAGGUCACAGGGUUAUGUGCCAUCGAGGCCUGGUGAAAAGCGUGAGGGUUCUCGUGCCGACAUCAUUCGUUCCCGUCCACCAUCUGCAAUUGCCUUCAGACAACCACACAACAACCCCCAGGUGGCCGGCGCCAUAGUCAGGGCUAGACCCUCGUCGGCUGCCGGGAACAUGACCGGCUCGUCAUCUUAUGGGCGGGAUAAUGCUGGCUAUAUUCCAGACAAUGGAUCUGCCUCCACUGGGCCUGCUGUCAAUGGUUGGAGUAAACCUGGGGGGAAUAAUGAAAGUCCGGUGAAAGAGUCGAGCAAUGACCUGCGCAAUGCAUGGAACCGGCUGUACGGGUCAACCUCCCAGGCACCGCCCUAUGUGUCUCCAUCCAUGCAGCGGGCUAGCCGCCAGCAGCAGCCCUUGGUGGGAACCUCUCAGCAGUACAACCAGUCCAGUAGUCUGCCACCUCAACCCUCCACCAGUCGACCAGUCUCUGCACCCUCACCCUCCCACAUGGCGGCCCAUUUUCAUGACAAAGGUCAAGGUCAUUCAUACUUACAGCAAGGUCAAGGUAACCCACAUACCUCGAACCAUCGAGAGAGCCCCAUGGGUCAGAGUUCAAGCACACAGGGCCAGUUGGACGAGUCCACCUCUAGUCAUCAGAGUAAAACUUCUCAAGACAAUUUCAAUGCCAAGAGUUUGCACGUUAACACAAAUCCGCAGUAUCUGGACAAUGCCAAAACAACAAAGCUCAGUGACAGCUCACCGUCCAGUCUGAGCCAGCCCAGUCCCAACAGUCCUGGAAGUCCAAACUAUGCCAUAGGACCGUCGUCCAAGUACCCUGACAACCCCAGCGGAAGGCCUACCUCUGCCCGGAAACCUCCAACCUUGCCUGGGCGAUCCCCAAUACGGCUGGAUAAACCCGGCUAUCCACAGAGGAAUGUAAAUAACAUUGAUAUUGCUGUGAACAAUGAGCGUAAGCAGCAUAAUGUGUCAUUUCCGGAUACGAGUGACGGUGUGGGUAUUACUCCUGUCACUCGGCGAAAACAUAGCUUGUCCCAGGAUCUCACCACUGCACUGCAGGCAGCAAGCAGGGAACAGAGUUACAAACUGAACCUGUCACAUGACAUUUCAUACGAUCAAUCCCACCAUGAUCUGUCUCAGGAUUUUCAGAAUCAAAGCAUUUUUGACUACAGUGCGCACCCUGGCAGUGAGAGCACGGGUUCCGUUACCCCGCCCCUGCCCCCUCUGUCCCCUACUAACACUCCCCCUGAGACCCCUCGCUCGGACGACGAGGCUCGCAACUUGGCUCGGUCCAUAAGUGCGACAAAUGUGUCGUUUGCUGUUAGAAAUGCGGGUGAAAAUCUUCCCCGAGAAUCUCGGAAACACAGGAGAACUUCAGAGCUGAAUCUCCGUAUGGAUAGAAAAUCUCAUGAACAUGGCAGGAAGACAAGAUCUGGAUACAAAUCAAAAGGUGCUAUUCUACGUAACGUUAAUGAGUCUGAAACUGAGACCGAGAGCAACCAGUCCUUUGACUUUGAUAUUGACAACACGAUACUCACGAUAGAAUCUCACGACACCGAGCAGCCUCACCCGGCAGGCGACCUCAUGACCUCCCGAGAAAAUCUCGAGUUGCGACACCACAUGCAUAACCUCGAGUCUCGCUACCAUGAUAUUCAGUCGCACGUGAACAUUGCCGGGGGUCAUAGUUCACGGGGUCAUAAUAAGGGCCCAAAUGUAGCACCCCCUGCCAUUGGAAGGCCCAGGAGGUGGAGUAUAGGCAGCUCAGAUACCAGCUCCUUCAGGAGAGAGGCCAAGGUCAAACCUGGCAAGCAGGCUCAUCAUAAACACCAUUCCAGGGAGUUCAAAAACAUCAACAAGCGUUUCCAGAGGCUGGAGUCUCAUGUGGUAACUCUGGCUCGAAGUGUGGCCCAUCUCUCAUCCGAACUCCGCACCCACAACACCAUGGUGAAUGACCUUGAAUCUGUUAAACGGCAGCUUGCAGAACUGCGUGAUAACCCAUCCGGUCCCUUUCCCAACAUGUUGAGUGGGGUGCUAACAGAACAGCAGAUCUUCAGGGAGUGGGCACCAGGCUUGACGAAUCCUAAACGAGUCAACAAGCUCACAAAGUUCUUUGGUUCUGAGCCUCCAUUAUUGGAACUGUUCCUUCAGAAGUUAGGUUAUGAGCGCUAUGUUCCCAACUUCCAAACGGAGCACAUAGGGAUGAUAGAGCUGCCAUACAUGACAGAGGACAGACUAGAGAAGAUAGGCAUACCCAUGGGGCCGCGCCUACGGAUAUUGCAGGAGGCCAAACAGUGCUUUCGUCAUGACAACGUCGAUGUGUAUGUCGUAUGAGGUUCUGGGUGUUAAAAGUAUUGGGGAGAAGCACUUGAAACAAUUCAGUAGGGUUAAGAAAGUUGUGUUUUUUUCACUCUUUUCAAACUUGUUUAGUUAAGUAGUUUUUGAAACAUCUGCCAGAAACAAUUUGUUAACAGAUUGUUAUUGGUAACUCUGCUGAUUUAUAUUUUGUGUAUGUGCUGCUUAAUGUUAACAUGGGAGCAGAUAAGGAAUAUGAUGUUUUGUGCCUUUUUUAACACAGUAUAAUUAUUUAUGUCAAGAAGGAAAUCAUACAAUUUAAGUUUUUUCUAAAUUCUUUAAUAAUAUCUUAAUUAGGAAACCUGUAAUAAGACACAGUUCAUGUUUAAUUUGUUGUCAUAUUAAUGAAUCAUCAUUAAAUACCGUCACACUAUGUGAAUUAUGAUCUAUAAAUAGCAUCUUGAACUGAAUUUAGCAUGUCUGAUAUACAAAUGUGUCUGAAUGUUGUAUUUAGAAUUUGAAAAUAGCAAUAUUUAUUUAGUUUCUAUGUAGAUGUCAUAGUUUUGCACAUAUUAUUAUUGUAGUGUGCUUGAUGAACAAAAUUUAUCUGUGAUAAACCAGAAGUAUGUUAAUAUUUGUCUGUAUAUUUGUAAUGUAUACUGUUGUGAAAACAACUAAGUUUUGACAUUGUACAUUUCAGUUUAUUUAUUCAGUGUUUUAAUAACUUUUCUUAUUUUAAGUAUUUUAUAUGAUUUAACUUUACAUUUUGAAUAAUAUUUUACAAAUUACUAUUUUAGUUAUUAAUUUGCGUUUUUAUGUUGUUAAAAAAUAUUUAUAAGCCAAUAAAAAAUAAUUUGUUGUAAGAAUGUAAACAUGAGUUUAUUUCAAUGAUCUGAUUUUUUUUCAAUUGAAGUCACAAUAUUGUACUUUAAUGAUUCCGACUUACUUCUGCAAUAUUAAAUAGGUAAUUUGAACAUAAUUUUGUUCAUAAAAAUGCAUAAAAAUGUAGCACUAUUGCUACCAAAUAUAGCGAUGCCAGUGUUGUGGAAAAAUCAUAUUGUCUAUUACUACUUAAGUACAUGAACAUUACAAAGUCUACUUGCCCAAGCAGUCACUUGUACAAAUAAAAUUACAGUUUUUAUACCAACUGUUUCAAUUAAUGGUUAAAGAAAUAAACUUUGUUAUUGAACUGAAGGAUUAUAUAAAGAUUAUUAACUGUUAUUGUAAUUGCUUGGACACAUGUUCAUCAACAGACAAGAAGUUCAAUGCCUUUAACGGUUGUGUUAUUUUGAUACAAAUGGAUUAAUAUUUACCAGUAUUUUCUUUUGCUAAUUGUAUAGUCUGUUUUAAUGUGUACCUUAAACAUCAUUGCAGUAUAGUGUUAAUGUUCCAUGUUAAAACAUUAUAUUCAUAACUGGACUGAUGCAAUAUGUAACAGGGUGAAAAUAUGUUGUUUAGGUGAAAUAACCUCAUUUUCCCCAAUUUCAUUGAAAACUUUAUCACAGGAAUAGAAUGCCAUACACCUUGUAAAAAAGCUUCAGAAAUUUCUGUGAGGGCCUGGAUUUGAUGACAUAAAGUCAACAACAUGUUCACAAAAUGUGUUUGACAUUAAUAUUUCAAUUUCUAUCUCAGCUGGCAUUGAUUGUUUAUAUUGAUUAUUUACUAAAAAAAAUCUAGGUCAACUAACAUAACUUUUAAUGUUGACAAUAAUAUACACAAGUGACUUCAAUUUCUUCAAAUAACAUUAAACUAGUAAAACUGAAAAUAAACUUUCAACUUCUCAUUUUCAAAUGAAAUUUAUGUUAAAUGUAAUUAAAACAUCGUGGCCUACAACGUAUUUAUGUAAUCUACCGGUAUAUAGGGAAAUUAAGCCCAAUGAUGGAUGUUAUCCAGCUAAAAAAAUAAACUUUACUGAAGAAAUUUCAAUGUAUACCUUUAAAUCAAUUCAUAUGAAUUUGAAUCUGAUUUAAUUUUAAUGUUCAAAAAGAAAAAACAACAAUUCUUUAAAUAUUUCAAAUAUUUUUACCAGAAGCAAAGUCAUUUAUUACAUUAUGAAGUAUUUAUAUAUAUAUGUCAGCUGAUAUUUUGUUAAUUGUGCAAGAUUGAUUUUCUUCUUGACUCACAAGAAUCAUUAAAACCAUUUUUAAUAUAGAUCUGAAUGACAGUUUUACGUCCCUUUUGCUAUUUUGGAUUUUUAUAUGUUUUAUGUGUGUACAUAGUGUUUAUUGUAUUGGCAAUGUCUGUAUAUUUAUGAUAUAAUUUCCAUGAGAUUCUUAUUGCAGAAAUGACAAAGUAAACUGCAUUUAACGUA